AUGUCAACAAAAGCUAUCUAUGAAGCAACGGGUAAAAAACUUUUAAAUAAGUAUCUUAAUUCAACAGCAGCCGAAUGUCGUUGUGUUGACGUCGAUGCAGACACAAAUUGGAAUGAACUUAUAGAUAAAAAUCGUUGGUUAGAAAAUGAGCGUUUAGUCGUUAAACCUGAUCAAUUAAUAAAACGACGUGGUAAAUUAGGUCUUAUUAGAGGCGAUGUUAGUCUUCAAGGAGCUAAAGAUUUUAUAGUAGAAACACUUGGCAAAGAAAUUUCGAUUGGUCAUACAACAGGAAAACUAAAACAUUUUAUUAUUGAACCUUAUCUUGAACAUAACAAAGCCGAUGAAAUGUAUAUUUGCAUUUAUUCAAAUCGUGAUGGUGAAAUAAUACUUUUUCAUCAUGAAGGUGGCAUUGAUGUUGGUGAUGUUGAUUCCAAAGCAUUAAAAUAUACAAUUGUUAUUGAUGAUGCAUUUAAUGUGAAUAAAAUGGAAGAAACUUUAUUAAAAAAUAUACCUGAUGUCCGACGAUCACAUUUAUCAGCAUUUAUUACAAAAUUAUUUCAAGUUUAUAUGGAAUUACAAUUUACUUAUUUAGAAAUUAAUCCAUUAGUUGUUACAACAAAUACUGUUUAUAUACUUGAUUUAGCUAGUCGUCUUGAUCAAACAGCUGAAUAUUUAUGUGCUUCAAAAUGGGGUCAAAUUGUAUUUCCACCACCAUUUGGUCGUGAUGCUUUUCCAGAAGAAGCUUAUAUUGCUGAACUCGAUGCAAAAUCUGGAGCAUCAUUAAAAUUAACGGUUCUUAAUCCAAAAGGUCGUGUAUGGACAAUGGUAGCUGGUGGUGGUGCAUCAGUUAUUUAUAGUGAUACUAUUUGCGAUAUGGGUUUUGCAUCUGAAUUAGCUAAUUAUGGUGAAUAUUCUGGUGCACCAAGUGAACAACAAACAUAUGAAUAUGCAAAAACAAUUUUAUCAUUAAUUUUUAAAGAAAAAAAUCCUGAUGGAAAAAUUUUAAUUAUUGGUGGUGGUAUUGCAAAUUUUACAAAUGUAGCAGCAACAUUUAAGGGUAUUGUAAAAGCAUUAAGAGAACAUCGUGAACAUUUAGUUGAACAUAAAAUAUCAAUAUUCGUUCGUCGUGCUGGUCCAAAUUAUCAAGAAGGUUUACGUGUUAUGCGUGAAGUAGGAGCAACAUUAGGUGUUCCUGUACAUGUAUUUGGAGCUGAAACUCAUAUGACAGCUAUUGUUGGCAUGGCACUCGGAAAACGUCCUAUUGCUCCUCCAGAACAAGCCGAAUUAACAACAGCAAAUUUCUUACUUCCGACCAGUGGCAGUCAACGUAAAACGAACUUUGACGUGCCACGCGAAACUCGUGCUAAUUCUACCAGUCUUGGUACUCAACCGUUGUUGAAAAGUGAAGUUCAAGCUGUAUCUAACAAUGGAUCAAGUCCAACAACAAAAGUUAACGAUGAUGAACGUAAAUAUAAUUUGGGUCGUCCACUCUUUUCAAAUACAACUAAAGCUAUUGUUUGGGGCAUGCAAACAAAAGCUGUACAAGGUAUGCUUGAUUUUGAUCAUGUAUGUCGUCGUACACAACCAUCGGUUGUUGCUAUGAUUUAUCCAUUUACUGGUGAUCAUAAACAAAAAUUUUAUUGGGGUCAUGAUGAAAUUCUUUUGCCAUGUUAUAAAAAUAUGGCUGAUUGUAUGAAACGACAUCCAGAAGCUGAUGUACUUAUUAAUUUUGCAUCAUUACGUUCUGCAUACGAAAGUACAAUGGAAACAUUGAAAUAUCCACAGAUUCGAUCAAUUGCAAUUGUAGCUGAAGGUAUUCCAGAACAGUUAACACGACGUAUGAUACGAUUGGCAAAUACAAAAGAUGUUUCUCUCAUUGGACCAGCAACUGUGGGUGGUUUAAAAGCUGGUUGUUUCAAAAUUGGACAUACUGGUGGCAUGCUCGAUAAUAUUCUUAUGUCAAAACUUUAUCGACCUGGAAGUGUUGCAUAUGUAUCUCGAUCAGGCGGCAUGUCAAAUGAAUUGAAUAACAUUAUUUGUCGUAAUUCUGAUGGUGUUUAUGAAGGCAUUGCAAUUGGUGGAGAUCGCUAUCCUGGUACAACAUUUACAGAUCAUAUCUAUCGUUAUGAAGAUGAUCCAGAAGCUAAACUAAUUGUUCUUCUUGGUGAAGUUGGUGGUAUUGAAGAAUAUCAUAUAUGUGAAGCUAUUAAAUCUAAACGUAUUACAAAACCAUUAAUUGCUUGGUGUAUUGGUACAUGUGCAUCAAUGUUUACAUCCGAAGUUCAAUUUGGUCAUGCUGGUUCACAUGCUGAUAAUGAUCGUGAAACAGCAGUUGCAAAAAAUAAAGCAUUACGAGAAGCAGGUGCUUAUGUACCAAAUAGUUUCGAUGAACUUGGCGAUUUAAUUCAUAUGGUAUUUGAAAAUCUUGUACAAUCUGGUCAAAUAACACCUAAACCAGAUGUAUUACCACCUUCCGUACCUAUGGAUUACGAUUGGGCUCGUGAACUUGGUUUAAUACGUAAACCAGCUAGUUUUAUGACAAGUAUUGUCGAUGAUCGUGGUCAAGAAUUAUUAUAUGCUGGUAUGCCAAUAACUGAUGUUAUUAAAGAAGAUGUGGGUAUUGGUGGUGUACUUAGUUUACUUUGGUUUAGAAAACGUUUACCAAAAUAUGCUACUGAAUUUCUUGAAAUGACACUUAUGGUAACAGCUGAUCAUGGACCAGCAGUUAGUGGUGCACAUAAUACCAUAGUAUGUGCACGUGCUGGUAAAGAUCUUGUUUCAUGUUUAGCAUCUGGUUUAUUAACAAUUGGUGAUCGUUUUGGUGGUGCACUUGAUAAUGCUGCUAAACAAUUUAGUGAAGCAUUUGAUGCUGGUUUACAUCCAGCUGAUUUUGUUAAUAAAAUGCGUAAAGAAGGAAAACUUCUUAUGGGUAUUGGUCAUCGUGUUAAAUCGUUAAACAAUCCUGAUAUGCGUGUUGUUCUUCUUAAACAAUUUGCUAAACAACAUUUUCCAGCAACACCAUUACUUGACUAUGCACUUGAAGUAGAAAAAAUUACUGUUAGCAAGAAGCCUAAUUUAAUUUUGAAUGUUGAUGGUUGUAUUGGCGUUGUUAUGGUAGAUCUUUUGCGUCAUUGUGGUUGUUUUACACUUGAAGAAGCAACUGAAUUUAUUGAGAAUGGCGCACUUAAUGGACUUUUUGUUCUUGGACGAAGUAUUGGAUUUAUUGGUCAUUUUCUUGAUCAAAAACGUUUACGACAAGGUCUUUAUCGUCAUCCAUGGGAUGAUAUAUCAUAUAUAUUACCAGAAGCAAUGUAG